UUGGAGGGUGGAAAAUGAAUCCAUCCCUCUCUAUGUCUCUCUCUCCGUGUCUCUAUCUCGGCAAAUUUUUUAUGCCUCGAGUACCUGCCAUUCUCCCCUCAAGCGCGCGUGCGUCUGGUCUAUAUAAAUCUGGCCUUUUCUCUCCCAUAAAUCAAAGAAAAUCCAGUCUCCAAAUUCUAGUUUCUUCUUCUUCUUCUUCUUCUUCUUCUUCUUCUCUUGCUAUGGAUUCAAGCAACAGUAAUGAAGUAGCCUACGACCACUCUCCCUAUCUUAAAAUCUUCAAAGAUGGUCGAGUAGAGCGAAUUGCAGGCACCGACAUCGUGCCCCCAUCGCUUGAUCCCCAAACCGGCGUUGAAUCCAAAGAUGUAGUUAUCUCGCCCGAAACAGGCGUGUCCGCCAGGCUUUUCCUUCCGAAAACUUCCAUCCAAACCCAAAAAAAGCUUCCUCUCCUUAUUUACUUCCACGGCGGAGGCUUUUGCAUCGAAACCGCCUUCUCUCCACAGUACCACAAUUACCUUAACGCCCUUGUCGGCGAAGCCAACGUUGUUGCGGUCUCUGUAGAGUACAGGAGAGCCCCAGAACACCCUCUUCCCGCUGCUUACAGUGAUUCAUGGGCUGCGCUUGAAUGGGUUGCGUCUCGCGUUGAUGAAUGGUUGAAAAGCCAUGCAGAUUUUGAAAGAGUGUUUUUCGCCGGGGACAGCGCCGGGGCUAACAUUGCGCACCACAUGGCCUUGAGGGUGGGGGCAGAAGGAUUGGCUGGUGUUAAGCUACAAGGGAUUGCUCUUGUGCAUCCAUAUUUCUGGGGCAAAGAACCGAUUGGCGGCGAACCGGCCGAGGCUGAGAGGAGAGCGAUGAUUGAGAAUUUGUGGCGCUUCACGUGCCCGGCGACGAGUGGGACUGACGACCCCUACAUAAACCCAGCUUCGGAUCCGAAGCUGGGGAGCCUCGGGUGUGGGAGUGUGCUGGUUUGUGUUGCCGAGAAGGAUUUGUUGAAGGCUAGGGGCUUUUAUUACCGUGAGCUGUUGGAGAAGAGCGGCUGGGGAGGGGCUGUAGAGGUCGUGGAGUCCCCAGGGGAGGACCAUGUAUUCCAUUUGAACAAGCCAGUUUGCGAAAAUUCUUUGGCCUUGCUCAACCGGAUUGCUUCUUUCUUCAAUCGGGGUGAGCCCUGAAAGACCCAAACAUUAAUGGUUGUAUUUUAAUCAGCUACUAUGAUCGAUUGAAAGUCGUUGUUUGAUUUCAUCAAUGAAAGUUUUAUUUAGCGUA